AUGCCGCACUCUACGCAUAAACCCAAGAUCCUCGACACAGAGGCCCAGGCGAAUCUUCCCAAGUUGCCUGUCCCAGAGCUCGAGGAGACGUGUCGGCGAUACCUCGCAGCGCUCCAGGAGCUCCAGGAUGAAGACGAGCAUGAAGCGACCAAGAAGGCGGUCGAUGACUUUCUUCAUGGCGAUGGACCAAGGAUUCAGGCCAAGCUCAAGGAAUGGGCCGCCUCCCAGGACAGCUAUAUUGAAGAGUUUUGGUACGAGUCGUAUCUCUCGCAUUCGGAUCCUGUAGUCUUGGCGUUGAACCCGUUUUUUGUCCUCGAAGAUGACCCAACACCGUCCCGUGGCACACAACUCCCCCGUGCAGCGUCACUCAUUGUUUCAUCACUCGGCUUUGUUCAUGAUCUCCGCGAGGGGCUGCUCAGCCCAGAUACCGUUCGUGGAAAGGCGCUCGAUAUGGACCAAUACACGCGUCUCUUUGGAACGGCGCGUGUACCAACGAACCGAGGAUGCCGCAUGGACGUCGACGAAGGCUCGCGGCAUAUUGUCGUCAUUCGCCGUGGUCAAUUCUACCACUUUGACGUGCUUGAUUCGGCCAAUCGACCAGUGCUCACAGAACGAGAGAUCCUACGCAAUCUCGAGGCAAUCUGCUCAGAUGCCGAGACUGUACCACUGAACGAGGUUGCCAGUUCGAGUAUGGGCGUGCUCACGACGGAGAACCGCAAAGUAUGGAACCGACUACGCAACGUCCUGAUCUCAGACGAGGCCAAUCGAGAAUGUCUCCAGGUCGUGGAUGACGCGCUGUUUGUUGUAUGCUUGGACGACGUUGCACCGGACAAUGUGGCAGAGCUAUGCAGCAAUUUCCUCUGCGGGACAUAUCAGCUCAACGGGGGUGUCCAGGUCGGCACUUGCACCAACCGGUGGUACGACAAGCUCCAAAUUAUUGUCUGUGCAAACGGGACAGCUGGUAUCAACUUUGAACAUACGGGUGUCGACGGUCAUACCGUUCUACGCUUUGCAGCAGACGUAUUCACCGAGGGGUUAAUGCUCAUGGCACGCUCGAUCAAUCCCGCAGCACCGACACUCUUUCACGCCAAACUGAGUCCGCACGCUAAGAGUUACAAGCCAUCCAAGGGCGCAAAGAAGGAGGAUAUCAUUCAUGGCCCGAAAGAGCAUAUCGACACGACGCCCAAGAAGCUCGAGUGGCAUCUGGUUCCGGAGCUUCGUGCGGGUAUCCGAUUUGCGGAACGCAGAAUCUCGGACCUGAUUUGUCAAAAUGACUGUCAGGAGUUGGAAUUCAAAGGCUAUGGCAAAGAUUUCAUUACCCGCCAUGGGUUCAGUCCAGAUGCAUUCGUCCAGAUGGCGUUCCAGGCUGCAUACUAUGGGCUGUAUGGGCGAACUGAAUGCACGUAUGAACCAGCCAUGACCAAGGCCUUUUUACACGGACGCACCGAGGCCAUUCGCACAGUUCAACCCACAAGUGUCACAUUUACAAAGACGUUCUUCUCCGAGUCGAGUAUUGAGCAAAAGAUCGACACGCUCCGCAAGGCUUGUGCUGCCCACGUGAAGCUAACACGCGAGUGUAGCGCUGGAUAUGGACAGGACAGGCAUCUUUACGCCCUAUACUGCCUCUUGCAGCGCGAAAUCAAUGAGUCGUCUCGAAGCCCAUCACCGAGCACCCAAAGUCCGAAGAUCAAUGGCAAGACAAAGAUUACUGCAGGCGGAGAGGGGUAUACAAAUGGAGAUACCACAGCCAAUGCAAACAACGAGGUCAAUGUCGAACCAACCGCGUCUGGACACGCGACGGCAUUGCCUGCCAUCUUUACGGACCAUGGAUGGAGUAUCCUUAACACGUCGAUUAUCUCGACGUCGAAUUGUGGCAAUCCCGCUCUGAGGUUGUUUGGAUUCGGGCCGGUCGCGGCUGACGGGUAUGGUAUUGGAUAUAUUAUCAAAGAUGAUGGUAUUUCAAUCUGUGCGUCGUCCAAGCACCUUCAGACACGCCGAUUCUUGGACACCAUGAAGCAGUAUUUGCUUGAUGUGCAAAGGAUGAUUAUUCAGCUUCAUCGACAGGCAAAUGAGCGACCUAAGCCACUCGAGCCACAGAAGCAGCACGGACGUACGCAGAGCAGACCCACCAAUUCUAUUCCCAACGGGCUGAAACCUGUGGAUGGUAUGGAGAAGAAGAUUGUGGUGAAGCGUGCAGGUAGCCACGUCCGUCUUGCCAAUUUGGAGACCAACGAGGAAGAGGAUGUAGACGUUGACCUAUUGACCUCUGGGUACUCAUUCUUCGAUUCAGGAGACGUCGAAGUGUUCCAGCCGCAGCGGCGCCGUCCAACUGCUGAACAGCUUGCUCGUCAAACAAAUGGGCGAGCGCAUAUUGUCCUUCUCGGGCGAAAUGAACAAGCCGCACAAAAGAUCAUCGACGGGUUCCCCAAAACCGACGCGUCAACGCCAGAAGACCAAGCGUCCAAGUACUCGUUCGUCAAGGUGGAUGCCACUUCCAUGUCCUCUGUGCGCGACGCCGCCGCGACGCUUUCCAAGGAAUUGGACAAGGUCAAUUUUAUCGUAGCCACGACGGGCUUCCUGAGUAUGAAGGGAAGGGAUGAGACGAGCGAAGGCAUAGAUAAGAAGCUCGCAUGCAACUUCUACGCGCGCUUCCGCUUUGUCCAUGAUUUACUCCCGCUUGUGCAAAAGGCUGCAGAGGGUGGAGAAACUACGGGUGUGAUGAGUGUAUUAUCUGCUGGACGAGGUGGACCAGUCGAGCUUGAUAACCUUGGGCUCGUCAGGGGUUAUAGCCUGGCUCGGGGAGAGACGCAUGCCGUCACAUACAAUGAUGCCGCCAUCGAGGAAUUCGCCGCAAGAUACCCGCAAAUCCGAUUCUAUCACUCGUUUCCGGGAGUCGUCACCACACCUGGUGCUAAAGCAUUCCCUGGAGCAUCUCUCAUCCUUCCUGCGAUCAAGUUCAUGACAUUUUCACCCCAGGAAUGCGCCCAGAUUAUGUGGUGGAGAUUGUGGAGCAACGAAUAUCCAUGGACAAGCGGUGCUCAUCAAAUCAACCAUCGCGGAUUAGAAGUCACGCAUAACCCAUACGUGACAGAGCAGACUCAAAAGGCCAUUUGGGAGCAUGCGAUCCAAAUGACAAGUCCAUAUGCAUAG